CAUUAUCCAAAGAAGAACACGAGAGAGCGAAGAGAUACAGCUGCUGUUGCAGAGUUUUGGAAAUGGCUCUGCUCAACGCCUCCUUAUGUUGUUCCACUUCCAGAAUUCCUCCCGCGCCUCACCUUCAUCUUCCUCCCUCCAUUUCCGCCCACCCUACGCCGCCGGUUCUAAAGCAGCAAUUGGAAGCCUCGCGGAAUUUGAUACUUUCCGUCGGAGAAUCCGCCUCCAAAGCCACCUUCCUCGCUUUGCUUUCCGCCUCUUUGUUCCUCGCGGAUCCUGCGCUUGCUUUCAAGGGCGGAGGUCCUUACGGUGCCGGGGUCACUAGAGGUCAGGAUCUCUCCGGGAAAGAUUUCAGUGGGAAGACGUUAAUCAAGCAAGAUUUCAAAACGUCUAUAUUACGGCAAGCUAAUUUUAAAGGUGCGAAGUUAUUAGGUGCCAGCUUCUUCGAUGCUGAUUUAACAGGGGCGGAUCUAUCAGAUGCUGAUCUCAGAGGUGCUGACUUUUCCCUGGCCAAUGUUACAAAGGCUAAUUUAAGCAAUGCCAACCUAGAAGGUGCACUCGCCACGGGAAAUACUUCGUUUCGUGGAUCAACAAUAGAAGGAGCUGACUUCACAGACGUGCCUCUGAGAGAGGAUCAGCGAGAAUACCUUUGCAAAGUCGCAGAUGGGGUGAACCCAACAACUGGAAAUGCAACCCGGGAUACGUUGCUCUGCAAUUGAGACUCAAAUCAUACCUCGGGGUACUGAGGUACAAGAGUCGUACAGAUCAAUUUAAAAAUGUAAAGAAGUUAAUAACUAUCAAUGUCCAAUCCAAUGAGUUAAAUUUUGCAAUUCAGCUAUUAAUAUUUCCUUAGCUCA